ACCAACUCUCCGUCCUGUCUCGCUCUCGCUGGCUCGCUCGCUCUCUCUCUCUCUCUCUCUCUCUCUCGCUCCUUUUUCUAGGGUUUGCAGUGUUUCUCUUCUGGAUUAGGGUUUUUGGUAGGGAAAGAGAACCAUGGAGGCCGAUUCGUGGACCCGAUUCUCAGCGAAGCAUCAACAAUCCGCCGUUUUGCAAUCCCGACAUGAUCUGUACCUGGGGCUUGACGAGAUCGAUGGUGGUGGUGACGAUGGGGCGGAGUUCCCUUGCCCCUUUUGCAGCGAGGAUUUCGACAUCGUGGGUCUCUGCUGCCAUAUUGAUGAGGAACAUCCGGUGGAGGCCAAUACUGGGGAUUGCCCACUUUGCAUGACUAGGGUUGGUAUGGAUUUGGUUGGGCACAUAACAAUGCAGCAUAGGAGUGUCUUUAAGAGUCAACAAAGGAGGAGAAUCCGAAAAGGUUCAUCAGGGUCUCAUUCUGCAAUUCCUUUUUUGAGAAAGGAAAUUCGACAAGGAAAUCUACAGCCCCUUUUUGGGGGAUCUUCUUUUGCAGCUUCCUCUAAUGCGGCACCUAAUCCAUUGUUGUUGUCAUUUAUUCUCAAUGUUCCUGUUGCUGAUUCAACAAAAGAUCUACAAAUUGAGUCUUCAGAUGAAGGAACUGUGAUGGAUGAGGGCUCAGUUGAAAAAGUUGUAGAAAGUGCGGAACCAUCUCUCUCUGACAAGGAUCAGCAGGAGCGAGCUUUUAGGAGUAACUUUGUGCAGGAGCUCGUACUUUCAACAAUAUUUGAGGACAUAUUAUGACUUGGUGCUUUUGAUUUAUGUCGAUGGCAGCAGCAGGAACAUUGUGACAGGCCUGGAGGCAGCAUUCAUGUGGCUUUACUAUUGCAUGGUCCACAUGCUCGUAUUAGACAGGGAUCUGAUUUAUAAAGGCUGUAUGUUAGAUGUGUUGUUGUUGUGUGUAAUAGCAUCAAAUGUAUUGUGUGUGUAAAACCUAAUGUAUGCAAAGAUGCAGAAACUCUUAUAACAAGGCUUAUUUGAAAUACAUGAACUUCUUAUAGCAGGAA